GGCUUUAGCGCGCUCGGUGGCCCCGCACGCAGCCGGCUCGGUCCGAGACCGCAGCGCCUGCUCUUCGGGAGCUGUCUCCGGGGCCCGGCCGGGAGCGAGGAGCGGCCCCGGCGGCAGCGGAGUUCCGGAGUCCGGGCUGCGGACCGAGGCCAUGCCGUGCCGGAGGGAGGAGGACGAGGACGACGAGGCGGCGGCGGCUGGAGAGGAGGAGGAGGAGGACGCGGAGGGGGAGGGGGAGGAAGAAGAGAGCUUCCUCCUGCUGCAGCAGUCGGUGACUGUCGGGGGCUCGGGGGACGUGGACCACCUGGUGGCCCAGAUCGGAGAGGCGCUGCAGCUGGACGCGGCGCACGGGAGCCGGCCCGCCCCCCGGGGGCCCCUGGCGCGCAAGCAGCCGCCGCCGGCGCUGCGGCCCCCGGUCCUGCCGCUGCUGCUGCCGCCGGCACCCCUGCAGCCCUCGGGACCGCUGCAGUGCACGGGGAGUGGAGCCCGCGCUGCCCUGUCCUGGGCGAGCGACGUGGGCGCCUCCUCGCAGCCUCUGCCGCGGGCGCCGUCGGGUCCCUGCGUGCCAGGAGGGGCCCCGGCCCGGAGCAGCGCCUGUGCCCCGCACGUCUGCAAGCGGAGCUUCCCGCAGCCGCUGCCCGGCCCAUGCCGGCGCGCCUGGCUUCGGGGCGCCGCCGCCUCCCGGCGCCUGCAGCAGCAGCAGCACCAGCACCACCAGUACCGGUACCGAGGACAGCCGGGACUCCGUGCUGGAGACGACGACCCCCACCAGCUUCUGCAGCAGCUUGUCCUCUCGGGGAACCUCAUCAAAGAGGCCGUGCGACGACUUCGGAGAGCUGUGGCGGUGGUUGCUGGCGCCGUGGCCCCGACUGCCCCCGGUGCGGGCCCCUCCUUCGUCUUUGCCUCCGGGGGUGGGAGCGACUGGGGCGGGAGGGACUCUAUCUCCCUGCAGCCCUCGACGACCAGCCUACUCUAACCCGGAGGAGACUUGGGACACAGACCCACUGACGGCAUCCCGGUCUCCAGCAGUUAUUGAGCCCGCAGGCCAAGGGGCAAGAAGAGGGGCGGCCGAGACCCUGGGACCUGCCGCCCAAGAGACUGACAUGAACGAACUUGGGGGUCUCGGGUAAUGGGGUGGGAAGGCAGAGAAAAGGAGCCGCCUCCUGCUUAAUUGGAGGCAAACAAGGAACCCACAGCUUUAGAGACUGGGGAGGGGAAAGAAAAGGGUUUUAGAAAGCAAAGUUGAUAGGGUGGGUCUGGGUAGUUUACCUUGGAUAUUACUUUCGGCCUUAGGGGCCUGAGGACAAAUACCCCAAUCAUUUCGGGAUAAACUAAUAUGGCAGCUACUACUUUCAUUGACUGGGCCUAAUUUUUCCCUCUGAGGUCCAGUAGUUGGACUGAAAGUAUGGGGAUCCGAUGGGUUCAAAAGAGGGGUUUUUUAUAUAACACUUGAAAACUGUUAUGUGCGUACAUUUCUUUUUUAUUUUGGGAAAUGCUUAAGGAAAAUGGUGCUACAAUUGCAUUGGGAAGAAAUAUUGGGUGGAGAAUAAAUUCAGGGCUGGAUGGGUUGAGUGGGAGCCAUCCCAUUCUCUGUUGUGAAUGGGCAGUUGUCUUUUCCUGGGGAGGGAAUGAGAGAGGAGACGAAAGGGUGGAAUUUACUAGGUGGGGUGGGAAAUAUUUGACGUUAAAUGCUCCUUGCAGUCUGAAGAGGCUUUUGAGAAUCUGUCCUUCCAGUCUGUUUCCUUCAAGGUCACUGUUUCCCACAAGCUAUGUUGUGACUCCAGGAGAGUAACUGUAUCCUGGCUCGUUCUGCUUGUACUCCAAGCGGAGCCCUGUGUUUUGCAACUGCUGGGUGUCUCCUGAGGACAUGCACGCUGUGCCUACUAGUGGGGAGGGGAUGGUGGAUUCGUGCUCUCAGCGCAUACUCCUUUUUAGAGCUCCUCCUGCCGUUAGCUACAGCUCUUGGCCAGGGAUCAAAAUUUCCUAGAAACUGUUAGGAAAAAAGCGCUCACUUAUGUUUCCUUUUCUUCCACUCUGACCCUCCUAGUAUCUCUGUCUAGUUUUUCUAGCUCUCCUUUGAGCUUCCUCUGUCUGGAUGUUUGUAUGUGACAGAAAAUGAGGGCGGGAGGAUUUAGAGGAAGGACACGCAGACUUCUAAUGGCCCUCUGGAGCCUCUUGCAAUUAUAGCAGCGAUUCCCUUGAUAGAGGUGGCUUAUUUCCUUUUCUCUCUCCAUAGCUGCUUUUCUUUGUGAGUGAAUGAAACCAGUCAAAAAAUGUGACCCUCUGAAUGGAGGAGCUACAGGGUUCACCAUUGUGAAACAUAAUGAGGUGUUAGAAACACACCGUCCCUGUGAUUUAAGGUAGCCCAAGAACAGUUUUAAGACAUUGAUUGCUUGACUCAUUCAGAUAUGUUGUUGAAAUACUGGUGGUCCUGAUUUAUAGGAUUUAUCUUUUAUUGACAUGACUGAAUAAACCUGUUUUUUUUGUUUGUUUUUAUAUUGUAUUGUUUCUGGGUGGGGAAGUAAACAUCUGAUACCCUUAACAAUGAAAAGAUUUGAAAUGCAUCCCACAGGGUGCCUGUUUUAAAAGCUCAUGGAAGGAUGUGCUUACUAAGCAACCGUUGUUUUGGGUUAAAAUGGGAAAUAACUGUGAGUAUACAAGAUGAAAAGAAAAUGAUACAGCAUCAAAUAAAAGAUACAACCUGA